AUGUUUGAAGAAGCCAUUGUGACGUUUUCGUCACCCAAAGACGCCGCGGCCUUUGACUUGGCCGGCUCAACCAUCCUGGUAGACGAGUCGGAUCCGAUAGGCAUCCGCAUCGCAGCGCAGAACCUCGCGCAGGACUUUGGUCGAGUCACACAGUCUGAACAGAGCAUCGUCCAGAUCGUCCAGGGCACCCAGAUUGAUGUCGCCUUGGGAUCUGCCGCUGCCAUCAUCAUCGGAUCAAUCGGAACCAGCUCUAUACUCCAGCGGCUGGAACAGGAUGGAAAGCUCAGUUUUGACGAGAUCCGAGGGAAAUGGGAGUCCUUUACCACCCAUGUAAUCGGCCAACCCUUGCCGGGCGUGCAGAGAGCCCUCGUUGUUGCCGGGAGCGACAAGCGAGGGGCGAUCUUCGGCGUCUAUACCCUCUCUGAACAAAUCGGAGUCUCUCCGUGGUAUUACUGGGCCGAUGUCCCUCCCAAGCAUCAUGCAGCUAUCUACGCACUACCAGAGCCGACAUACCAUGGUGAACCAAGCAUUCGCUUCCGCGGCAUCUUCAUCAACGAUGAAGCUCCCGCCCUGACUGGCUGGGUCAGAGCCAAUUUCGGGAGCUACAACUCUGAAUUCUACAAGAAGGUCUUUGAACUACUUCUGAGACUCAAGGCCAACUUCCUCUGGCCGGCAAUGUGGCCAGGCUACCCCAACCCGGGCGCCUCAUUCUUUACAGAUGACCCCCUUAACCCCAAGCUCGCCGAAGACUAUGGAAUCGCCGUCUCAACGUCCCAUCACGAGCCUAUGCAGAGAAUGUCCAAUGAGUGGUUCGCAGACAACCCGGACGGCAGCUGGAACUGGCUCACCAACAAGGAGAAGAUCGCCGCCUUCUUUGAUGAGGGAGUCAAGAGGGCAGUGGGCCGCGAGUCGUACUUCACCCUUGGCAUGCGCGGCGAGUAUGACAGAAAGAUGAAGACGGAUGACCCGGCUGCUGUGGUAAGGGAUGUGAUCAAGACGCAGCGUGCUCUUAUUAAGCAAGUUCAUGGGAGAGAAGAUGCUGUACCACAGCUUUUGGCCUUGUACAAAGAAGUUCAGGAGCAGUAUGAGGAGGGAAAUCUUGAUGUACCCGAUAAUGUCACCCUUCUAUUCGCCGACGACAACUUUGGCAGUAUCAGGCGUCUUCCAUCCGGAGUGGAGAGGGAUAGAAAAGGGGGCGCAGGUAUAUACUACCAUUUCGAGUAUGUGGGAGUUCCACGAAGCUACAAGUGGAUCAACAGCAACUCUCUGGGGAAAACCUGGCAUCAGCUACAAGAAGCCCACAGACGCAAUGCAAAGCAAAUCUGGGUGUUCAACGUUGGUGACAUUAAGCCGAUGGAAGUACCGCUCACAUUCGCAAUGACGUUGGCCUGGGACAUCAACUCUAUCGGCGCCAGCGACUUUGCAAACUUCUACCAGAAAAUGGCAGAGACAAACUUCGGAAAAGAUCAGUCGGAAGAAAUCGCGUCAGUAUGGCAUGAAUACGAUAGACUCUCCGCACUAAGAAGACACGAACACAUUGAACCGACAACCUUUUCCUUGAUCCACUACAACGAGGCGGAAGAUGUCGUACACCGCUGGGAUUCGCUCCUUCAGUCAGCCGAGGCGAUCUACAAUCAGACCCCAGAGAAUCAGAAGGCAGCUAUCUUCGAAACCGUUCUGCACCCAGUCAAAGCAUCAACAAUCUUCACCAAACUCCAAGUGACCCUAGGCCGGAACAGACUCUACGCCCGCCAGCGCCGCAACGUCGCCAACAAACUCGCCCGCGACGUUCUCGACCUCUUUGAUGCAGAUUACGCCCUCUCAGAAGAGUUCCACGCUCUGUUGGACGGCAAGUGGGACCAAAUCAUGAGCCAGACGCACUACGGCUAUGAGGAGACGUGGCACGCGCCGUACCGCGACAUGAUCAGCGGCUUGUGCUACGUCCAGCGUCGGCAGCGCUCGAAUCCAAUCAUGGGACAGAUGGGGGUCGCUGUUGAAGGCCACGAAGGCGUGCGGCCGGGCAGGACAAAUGAGGAGUCUGAUCGGACGCAUCCUAGUCGGCGGGACUUGGUUCCUGGAGUGACGUUGGGACUUAUGAGCCGGUAUGGGCCGGUGAAGAGGUGGUUUGAUAUUUACAGCCGAGGACCUCAGGUAACGCAUUGGAAGGCUGCUGUUCCGUAUGACUGGAUCAAGCUCUCGACUUCGUCCGGCACGCUUGAUCCUGAUGGAGAGGAUGUGAGGAUUGAGGUCACGAUUGAUUGGGAUCAGGUACCAGAUGACUUUGACGAAGAGGUGUUGAUCGAUAUUCGAUCCGAUGAAGGCGACUUUGAGCAGAUACACCUGCCCAUCACUGGCAGACGCAUCCUCGGAUCAUUCAAGGAAGGGUUUGUCGAGGGUGACGGGUACAUCUCCAUCCCAGCGGCGCAUCAAUCACUCCAAGGUCUCAGAGCACUGCCGGAGUGCGGCAGAACCCCAGAGGGAGCGAUCGUCCUUGCCCCAGGCGCGGAGAGCGCUGAGGCCACGUCCAAGUUUUACGUCUUCUCGCAGACAGCGAGCCCGUCCCUGUUGUUAUACUUCAACAUGACGCUCGACCUAGAUCCGGUAGACCCGAUGUCUUACGACUUGCAGGUUGAUGGCGGACCCGUACAGACUCAUCGACUGUCGUCGAAGACCAAUGAUCUCCCUGACGGUUGGUAUCAUGCCGUGCAGGACUGUGCUUGGUUACGGAAGCAUGAUCUAGGCGAUAAUGAGCUUGGCGUUGGGGAGCACAGCGUAACGAUCUGUUUCAAGCACUCGAACUUGAUUUUCGAAAAGCUCGUUGUUGAUCUUGGCGGAGUGCGAGAGAGUUACCUUGGACCGCCCAUAAGUGUCUUCAUUUCCUGA